CAAAAUUACACAAAUGCCCCCUCUCCUUUUCUUUUCCACCAAGCCUCCCUGCUCUAAAGCCCUAUUUCAAAGAAUUCCGGUAACUAAUCUGUCUCGCUCCGCUGGAUCUUCGAUCAAUUAGAAGAAUAGCUAGUAAAGAUGUCAAGGGAAGCAAUGGAGAUGCCACCAAAGGGUGGGUUCAGCUUCGAUUUGUGCAAGAGGAAUGACAUGCUUGUCAAGAAGGGUUUGAAGGAACCUUCAUUUCUCAAGACUGGGACCACCAUUGUCGGCUUAAUCUUUAAGGAUGGUGUCAUUCUUGGAGCAGACACACGAGCCACUGAAGGACCCAUUGUUGCAGAUAAGAAUUGCGAGAAAAUUCAUUACAUGGCCCCAAAUAUUUACUGCUGUGGAGCUGGGACUGCUGCUGAUACAGAAGCUGUUACAGACAUGGUAAGUUCCCAGCUGAAGCUGCACCGUUAUCACACUGGUCGUGAGUCGAGGGUUGUGACAGCUCUUUCACUGUUGAAGUCUCAUCUUUUCAGCUACCAAGGAUACGUCUCAGCAGCUUUGGUGCUUGGUGGAGUUGAUGUCACAGGCCCACAUUUACAUACUAUAUAUCCACAUGGUUCAACUGACACACUCCCAUUUGCCACAAUGGGUUCCGGUUCCCUUGCUGCAAUGGCUGUCUUUGAGUCAAAAUACCGUGAAGGGCUGACUAGGGAUGAAGGUGUAAAAUUAGUAUCUGAGGCCAUAUGCUCUGGCAUAUUCAAUGACUUGGGAAGUGGAAGCAAUGUAGAUAUCUGUGUAAUAACCAAGGGGGCGAAGGAGUAUCUGAGAAACCACAUGUUGCCGAAUCCCCGAACCUAUAUUAGUGAGAAGGGUUAUUCCUUUUCCAAAAAGACUGAGGUAUUGAGGACAAAGAUUACACCACUGAGAGAGAUGGUGGAAGUGAUUGAAGGAGGUGAUGCAAUGGAAGAAUGAGCUUUUCUUUUCACUAUGCCGAUAGUUUUUCUUACGGAACUCAUCAAACGAUUGUUACUUCUGUUCUCUUAUGAAUGCAAUGUUCGAUAACUCGUUCAGAGACGUCUUGUGGGAUCGUUUAUGGUAUCCGGCAUGAAACUUGAUCUAAAUUUGAAACUUGUUUCCUAUUAUGGAUUGUAAUCUUUUAAAUCUCUCUGUUGUAUUUCUUGUCCUUAUUAACCUACUGCAUGUAUUGAUCUACUGUGGCACAUUAAUCCAGGCCUGGUGCUUCUGCUCAGCCGACUUUAAGCUA